AUGCUGGACCACCCUCCCCGCGUCUUAUUCUUCGACACGUUUGGUACCGUCGUCGAGUGGCGGUCAUCUGUCACAAAGGAAUUGAGCGAUGCGGCUCAGCAGGUGCUUGAUGAUCCGAACAGGGAUCUUCCAGUUAGUGUACGCCAGCGCACAGCUGCACUGAGCCGGGCAGAUUGGCUUGCUUUCGCUGAGGAAUGGCGUUUAUCCUACAUCGUCUUUACCCGCAACUUUGAUCCUUCUAAGGAGUUUGUGUCGGUAGAUCAACACCAUCACCGUGCAUUACAGGACCUUCUCCAGCAAAGAGGCAUCCUCAAGCUUUUUGACGAGAGUCAACUAUUAGAGCUCACUAUGUGCUGGCACCGGCUCACCCCGUGGCCCGAUAGUGUUGCCGGAUUGGACUUGCUGAAUACAAAGUUUAUCACUUCGACGUUGUCAAAUGGGAACGAGUCAUUGCUUCAGGAUCUAAAGAAGCAUGGCUCACUGCCUUUUACUCAGCUCGUCAGCGCAGAGAAAUUUGGAGCAUACAAACCGUCGCCCGUUGUAUAUCAUGGUGCAGCGAAUCUCGUUGGGCGAGAUUCCACCCAGUGUACCAUGGUGGCGGCACACUUGAGUGACUUGAAAGCAGCUAAAGGCUGUGGCUUCCAGACCGUUUAUGUGGAGCGCGAAUCAGAGGAGGCUUGGUCCACCGAUCGCGUUGCGCAAGCUAAAGAAGAAGGCUUUGUCGACAUUUGGGUUGGGUUAAAUGAGAGCGGAUUUUUGGAAGUUGCUCGGAGGUUGGGGAUCAACGAGAAUAAUGAAGUCUAG